AUCCCUGACAUUCGUGUUGCUCUCUGGCUGCCUGCUGUCUCGAGUCAUGGAUGCACAGCUGGUUAUCGCUCUGUUGGCUCUCGCCUCCCUGGGUGCUGCAUCUGAACCGGACUGCAAAGAGCUGGUCAAGCCUCUGGUUCUAGACAGCCACAGCCCUAUCUAUGGGAAGUGGGUGCUCCAUGUGGGGUCGUGGGACGAGCCGGGUCUGAAGAACGACCUGGUGGCGGUGAACGGCUCCUGGGUGGACCUGUCGGCUUCCUCCGACAACGGCGUCAUGUCCAUCUACUGGUCCGACCGCCUUGAGGAUAAAUGCCUGCAGGGGUUAGCCAAUGCCACCAUCUCAGGGAUGACCAGUCACAUGACUUUUAAUAUCAACGGUCACACUUCAUAUCAUGAUGGAAAGUACUACGAGACGUGCGCCGACUGCCUCCUGUCCGAAGACACCACCCUCCUCCCUGACGGCAAGUCAAAGGGACGAUACCUCUUCCUCUUCACCCGUAACGGCACUUUGGAGCCGUCUGAGUUAGAAACCUUCAAGAAGCAGGCAGAGUGUCUCAAAUUCCUCCCAGAGUACCACUUUGGAGGAACAGAGCUGUGUCCAGAUGACAGGGUCUCCGCAACGACCGGUGCCGAGAAUACAGAGAAUGAUGUAACCGAUGUUCCGCCGACUGCCAAUUAAAGCAGAGCGAAGAGAAGUCGUCGCCCUUUGAGCAGCACGCGCCCGUCCGAGUGCGUCCAGCGUGUUCUCAAUAGUGUUGUAAUGUGAUCUGUGCACCGUGGAGUAGCUUCUCAUUAGUCCGGUUACAGCAACGAGUUCAAGGCCCGUUGGAGUCAUGCCAUGUUAGAUCUGUGACUAUGUGUAGCCUUGAGACUCUGUGUGCCUGCUAACUGUUUGAACUUUCACAAUUUAGUUUGAGAAAUGCGAUAUGUACACAGCGAAGCGGAUUCAGGCGGACGGCUUUAAAUGCUUCGUUCAAAUCGAUUUAACAAUCUGUUAGUUGAGUAACUAUUUCCAACUGCUUGUGCGAUGUGAAUAAAACUUUCAGUCUCCA